GCACACUGCCCUCGUCGGCCAGACCCAAGGUGGAACCAGCCUUGUUUUUUUUUUAGUUUUCUUCCUUUCCUUUUAGUUUCAGUCCAAAGAAGAGAGUUACUUUUCUGAUUGUCCACCCUGUCCAGCCUUGCCAACCCUGGAAGACGACCCGAGGUAGUUUUUGUUUCUGGAAGCUCGUUGGACAUUUUUGCGUUUUUUGACAUUCCCUCCGAGUUCAACUCCGUGUUUACAUCGGUGUGUGUUCGCUCCGUGGAAGACGUUUGGGUUUGGUCAGUUUUUGUUUUAACGCUGUCACCAUGGCUCGCAUGAACAGACCGGCCCCUGUGGAGAUCACGUACAAAAACAUGAGGUUCCUCAUCACCCACAAUCCCACCAACGCCACCCUGAACAAGUUCAUCGAGGAGCUGAAGAAAUAUGGAGUCACCACUGUAGUGAGAGUUUGUGAGGCCACCUACGACGCCGCCCUGGUGGUGAAAGAGGGAAUCCAGGUUCUGGAUUGGCCGUUCGAUGAUGGAGCUCCUCCCUCCAACCAGAUCGUGGACGAUUGGCUGAACCUGCUGAAGCUGAAGUUCCGGGAGGAGCCAGGCUGCUGCAUUGCUGUCCACUGUGUGGCAGGACUGGGGAGAGCUCCUGUUCUGGUCGCACUCGCCUUGAUUGAAUGUGGGAUGAAAUAUGAAGACGCUGUCCAGUUCAUCCGACAGAAGCGUCGAGGAGCGUUCAACAGCAAGCAGCUGUUCUAUCUGGAGAAAUAUCGUCCAAAGAUGCGCCUGCGCUUCAAAGAUUCCAACGGCCAUCGCAAUAACUGCUGCAUCCAGUAGAGCCAAACCCUGAGCCCCGCCCACA